CCGACUACCCUAUGGCUGUGACCCUUAAGCACCAUAGAAGGGACGAGAAGCUUCCCCUCCUGACCUUCCCUCCAAGACUGGUGGCCGAGCAAAUAAGAGCAAUGGAUGCAGAGCUGUUCAAGAAGGUGCUGCCACACCAGUGCCUGGGCUCCAUCUGGUCACAGAGGACUGAGCCUAGAAAGGGGCACAUGGUAUCCACUGUCAGUGCCACUGUAUUACAAUUCAACCACGUGGCUACUUGUGUGAUCACCACCUGCCUUGGGGACCCAAGCAUGACGGCCCAGGACAGGGCCAAUAUGGUGGAGCACUGGAUUAAAGUGGCCAAGGUAUGUUAGGGGAGGCCCAGCAGCAUCCCUGUGGGGAUCCUUGAAAAAUGCCUCUGCUGCCCAGACAGCUGUCAGGACUGAGG